AUGUCGUUGCCAGACAAAGAUCACAUUCAGAUGAUAGUGAAAGGGUGCGCUGAAAGAGCCGGGGUGCAAGUGUCGGAAAAACUGGCGUCCGUAUUUGUAAGUGCUCUGUAUUAUGUUUACAAAGUGCCCAGUGGCCACACGAAUUUACUUCAUGCAAAAUGAUUUGACCCGAGACUAUUUAUUGAUAAACGACUCCAACGUUCCCCAUUUUAUAUAAGUUAUAUAAUACAGCAUAUAAAAGUAUUAUAUACCUAUAUGUAUUAUUAUUAUUAAAUAAGUCGCCUUUUACAAAACCCACAAAAUUUAAUAGUAUUGUAGGUAAUGCAAGUACCUACUUCCUACUUUAUUAAAUAAUGCCCACCUAGUUGGCUAAGUCACCCAUGCACUUAUUUAAAAAUAAAACUAACGAGUUUUCAGACUCGGAAAAUUACUCUCACGCUACCACUUACGUUUUAUUACAUGAGAAAUAUAGGCUGUCCCACGAAAAUAUAGCCAUUGAAUAUCUCCGGAGGUUAUGAGAUUUGAAGUCCUUAUCCAUGUGAAUAAUAUUAAAAAAAUCAGAAAUUGAUUAUAAUUAUUAUCUUCGUGGACUCUGUAUAUAAAUAUAUCAGUGUCAGAUCUGUAUUAGUGGCGUAGCCGGGAUUAAUUAGUGAAUUAUAUUAUAUUAUAUUAUAUUAGUGAAUUAAUUUAACAAUUAAUAUGGUUAAGUAUUCAUUUUACAUUUUAAGAUAUAUUUUAUUGGGUGAAAAUCAUAAAAAACACAUAUUAAAAAAAAAUCAUAACUCAGUAAUUAAUAUCUAUUAAUUUUAAUUCGAUUAAUAACCGUUUUAACUUUGAGUUGGUCUUUCGAAAUUUUAUAAAUAUUUACCCGCCUUAAACAAAUAAAUUAAAUUAGGCAAGUACUCACCUACCUAAACUAUUUAUACAAACACUGCGUAUUAAACACUUACGUAAAUGAUCAUAAUAUAAUCUGUCCGGUUCUUGGAUCGACCACAUGAACGGUUUUUUCCUCCGAACACCUAACACCAAACAAGUUGAACAAUUUUUAAUCAAUCGUUGAUACUUAAUUGCAUACUGCAGUAACAAUAGUAUAUGACAGAUAACCAAAUAAUAAAAAAUCUGACCUAUAGAAUAAUGGAGACGGGUGCAGCGUUCAGCCACUUUUAUAGGGUUGAAGCUGGAAGGUAUUAGACUUAGUAGAGGGGAAAUUUAAUGUAUAUCUGUAAGUAACGACAAACCAUUUCUAACGAAAAAUGAUUCUGAAUGAAGUUCGGGUGAUAGUGUUGCUAUGUCAACAAUAUAUAUGUCAUAUUGUGGUAAAAUAAUAGCAUAUGCAUACCUAUAGGCGCAAUCGCCUCCCCCAACCAAAAGAAGUGGAUUUACAUUGGCAUUUAGCAUAGACAUUGGUCUAAAAGUAGGUAUAAUAGAUAUAAUCAACAUAUUACUUGUCAUAGUUUUUUAGAUUCUGAGUGUAACGAAGAAUGUAUUGGUUUUACAAAAAUGUUUAUAUUUUUUUUAUACUGUGACAAAAAUGUCUACUAGAAAUUUUGCCCCGAUAUGUAUGUGUGGCACCAUUUCCAAAAGGAAAUAUUGUCUGGAUGAUACUUUAUAAUAUUAUUUUUGAUUUUCUAAGCGGUUUUCAUAAUAUCUGGGAAAAUCCGGGAGAAAACGUAAGAAAAACGGUAUAUUAACGAAAAUUAUGCUUUUUAUUAUUUUUAAUUGUAUUAUUUGAUGUAAUUCAGUUUAAAAUAUUUGUAGAGACUUGAAAUUAAAGCAGAAAACUUAUAUUUACUUUUUUUACAUGGUAAACUGUAAAACUGUAAAAAUAUUUGAGCCACAUUUAAGCUAUUUCUAGAUACUUUAAUUUUGUGAGUAAUUUUUAUUUGGUAGGUAUUCUGUGGAUAAAAUUGUUAGACAAAACAAAAAUGAUUGAAAAUUAAACAGGAAGAUAAUUAUAAGUUGUAAUUUGAGAUCAAAACAAUUUAAUUUAAUGUAGUAUAUUUUCCCUAAUAAUUUUAAUAUCAAAUUUCGACGGAAAUUAUUUUAGUAAAAAAUCUAAUUACUGGUUUAUAUAAAUCGUUCCAAUACGAUAUUUAUUUUCUGUAAUAUGACAUGUAUAUUGUAAAAGCAAUACUAUUAACUGAGCUCCGCUCAAAAUCGUUUUUUGUUAACAAUGAUUCAUUUUUGAUUACAGAUAUACAUUCAAUUUUUCUUUUUUACCUAUCUUCCUAACUUUUUCCAAUUUCUCAUCUACAACAGUGGUCCCACCCGUCAUGCAAAGUAUGUCCGUCUAUUUUUCUUAUUUAUCAUUAAUAUUAAAUUGAAUUGUUUCUCUUCCCCCCCCCUAUAUUCAUGGGUUGGAGACGCCCUUGCAUAUCUAUAUAUUUUCUUUUAUAAUAUUUUUUUUAAUAUUUUACCUGUUUUCGUGUUUUCCCCAUUCAUUGGAAAACUCAUGGGAAAUCAAAAAAUGACUUAUCUAAAGUACUACUCCAGUCAGAUUUUCUUUCAGAAAAAGUACUAUCAUCGUAAAUCGAAGGAAAAAAUCAUAAUGAAUUGGUAAACAGUAUUAAUAUAAAACGAUAAAUAUAAAUUAGCCUCUCCCCCUUUAUUACCCCAAAAAAUAAGUUUUUACAAUGCUUAUUCAGUUUUCGGAUAUUUUAAAAGUUUUUAGGUUCCUGGACAGGUUUUUUUUUCGGGUAUUCGGUUCAAGACUUCCAGUUCCCGAUUUGUAAUUAUUGUGCACCUGUACUUAUAGUUAAUUUUUCGUUCGUAUCAACAGUAUACAAGUUUAAUUGUAAAUCCUCACGUGAACACAAAUUUACAAUAUAAUACAAUUAAGAAACCAGCCACAAUAGGACAUCCGAUUGUUGUAAAAAUAAUAGACCGAUGCAUCGACGCGCUGUCCGAUCCAAAUAACCCGGUUACGUUUUGCAUUCGAAUGCAAUUGCUUCUAGAAGAUCAGUACAGAAACAAAGGUACAUAAUAAUGUAUUCCUGCUUACAUAUUCAAUUUAAAUACCUAAUUAUUUUGAAUCUAUACGUAUAUGCAGUGGCGUAUUUAGGCCAAACAAUGACCAAACAAAAAAAAUUGUUUAAUUUAAAUAUUUUAGUGAGCCAUUUAUAAUUCAAUCUGCUCUAACAUUAUCAUUGACAUCAAAUAACUGGGUAUUAUAAUGAUUAUAAUUAGGUCAUUUACUGUUCUAAUACUUCUUACCACCUUUGCAUUAAAGUGGUUCGGAUAUGUUUCGUUUCUAAUAAGGAAAUAUACCCGUAGUUGGGAUUUUUAUUUUAUCAACUUUACACCAACAUAUUUUAAAUUUUCAUGACUAAAAAGUAAAAAUAUUUGAAUUAAAAAAAAAUAAUACUUAUUUGUAUAACUAAUAGUACUGAUACUAAAAAAAUCCCGAUCUUCCUUUAAAUACGCCACUGGGUAUAUGUAUCUUUACUUCUUGUACACUGAACGGAAUUCUAUCAACAGAAUAUAUUGUAAAUAAAAUAAACCACGACAAUAAAGAACAAAUCGAACCCAUAUUGAAAGAAAUCAUCGACGAUAAUGUUAAUCCGAUAAACAACGAAAACAGUGUAUAUUAUCGAAGGAUAAUUCGGUACAUAAUUUUGAUGAACCAUAUGGGAGAUCCGACUUCGUCGCUAUGUAUUCGAGAAACUUCGGGUAAUAUGAUUAAAAUUGGAUUGAGCUAAGUAUAUCUAGUAACCACAUAUUAAACUCAUUACAUUAAUCUUUAUAAUUGCAAAUCAUUUUUCAGCCGCCUUAAACAACAACGUUAUUCGAAAUAAAUUAUCCGCUUUUGAAAAUCAAUUACCGUGCACAAAGCGAAACUUAUUGAACGAAAUCCCUAAAUUAGUGUGCGGCAUACAACACGUGAACAAUAUGGACCGAAGAGGUUGCAGAAAAGAUAUAUCGAAGAGUAAAAAAUGUUGAUAAAUAGAGAUUGAAAACCAUAAACUAACCAGUAUUUUUAAUUUUUGUUUUAGUUAUAGAUAUUCUUCCCAGAGGAGUUGAAUUUCUACUUGAGAAUAUCGACCAAGAAUUGGAUAUUGUUAUAAAAAAUGUAAACAAAAUAACUUCGUGGACAAUUCAAUGUUAUAAAGUGGACGAAGACUUUUUGGCUCCUUUGUUUGCAAUACGAAUAAAGUUUGCGACUGUCCCGACCGACGAAUUAAACACGUACAAAAUAGCAUUGGUGUUUUAUCUACAAUACAAAAAAAAUUUAGAGUAUGACGAUUAUUAUGAUUAAUUAUCAAAUGUGUCAUAUUUACCUAACCGUAUUCACAAAAAAAUUCCUACAAUACAAUUUUCAGAAUGAUCAAAAGGGACUUAAGUAAAUGCAAAACUGAAAUACCUGUAUUUUUAAACAAAUACGACGUAACAUUAUAUGAAAUAAGACAGCAUUUGAAACAAAUAAACAAUUUUGAUAAAGAUAUUUUCGUAAGUACUCAUUUACAACAAAGUAAUUAUUUAAUAUAGGUGUCUAUUCAAAUUUGAAUUGUUUUCAUUUGUUUAGCCAAAACUCUUUGAUUUAUCGUCCGUCUGGAAUAAAAUGAUAGAAACGAUGAAUUACCUGAGCUUUACGGCUAAUUUCAUAACAAAAAUGAAGCAAAUAGCAAAUGAAGUACGUGAUUUUUAAGCGCAUUGGUACAUACAAUAACUUUUUAAUUUAUACCUAAAUGUUAUUGACUCUAGGCGAAUUACAUAGACAAACGUAUUGAAAAAUCAUCGAUUAGUCUUGAUAGUGUAUUUAAUUUUGUCAACAAAGAACAGCAACAAAUAGCCAUUGACAGAAUACCAUUAAACCCAAUGUGUAAUUGGUAUUCACCUUCAUCGGGCGCAGUCGAUAGAAACGACUUAUUUGUAAAUUUUAACGAUUGUAUUAUUAAUAUGAAUAUAACACAAUGGCAUUGUAUUAUUUUGUAUUGUUAUUAUGAUUAUAGGCGAAUGGAUAUUGUUUGGUAAUGUUGGUCGAAACAAACGGUAUAUUAGUAAAAUAUAAUGAAAACAGCGGUAUAAUUCAGUAUUUGGACGAUUGGUUUGGUUUCUCGUGUUUCCAAGCCGCAUUACAUUUUGGUACUAAACCAUCUUAGUAAGAAGAAACACCAUUUCAUAAAUUAUUAAUAAAUUGAACCGCUAAAAUUAAAACAGUAUCAAAAUUAUUCGAACUGUACCAACUUUAAUAUUUGUCAUUAAAUUUUAUUAUACUAAAAAGAAAAAUAUUAUAAUCCUGUCAAAAAAUAUUUUCCUUUAUAACUUAUGCCUUACUUUCUGUAUUAAACCAUGAUUAUUUUCAAUACCUUGCAAAGUAAUAUGCAAGAGUUCUCAUUUAGUUUAAAUAGUUAUUUGUAUUAUUUAUUUAUAAUUUACAAAAGUAUGUAUUCUGUUAAUCAAAAAAAUAUUUGUUUUCCACAGCUAUGUGAACUGUUUCUGUAAUUUAUUGAGAUCACAGAUGCAUUUGUUGAUUUUUUUCAACUUAUAUGAUCAGAUGUCAGAAAAAUCGUGCGUUUCCAGCGAGAUGUAAGUAGUAAAUUUGUCAACCAAUAAUAAAUAACAUUUAAUUAUUAGGUAUUCACAAUUAAGUCCAAUUGUACGUUUAAAUUCGGAGCGUAACGAGGGAUCUAUCAGUUUUACUAUGAUUUUUUUUUUUUAAUUUUUUUUUUUUUUGUGUCGGUAAACACCUUCUUCCAAAGUAUAGAAUGUAGCACCAUUUCUGAAAGGUAAUUUUGUCCUUUUAGUGCAUUGAGGCAAUUAUUUUUUGAUUUUCUAAUAGGUUUUUGUAAAUUAUUGAAAAAAUCUCGAACAAAAAUUAUAGGUAAAACGGCAAAUACCUUCUGCGCGCCGUGGUAGCGUUACCGUUUUCAUUGUUUUUAUUUAGUUCUACUCAUGUUUUUUACGAUAAUUAUUACUCCAAUCGAAAAAUGCCAAGAAAUUUAUUUUGUUCCUUUCAAUAUUUUUCCAUUGACAGAGAAAGUUGAUUUUUGAUAUCCUAAUUAUUCUUUAUAAUAAUUGGGAAAAAACCAAAAAAUACGACGAAAUAUAAGAUUUUUUUUUUUCAAAUUACGGAAAAACGAUUUUAUUAUUUUAAAUUCUAUUUAUUUUAGCUUAUUUUCUCCAAUAAAUAUUACUAUAAAUGACAUAAGACGUAUUUUGUUUAAUUUUAAAUUCUGAGUUUAGCGAAGAAUGUAUUGGUUUUACUUUUCCACAGGAGAGUGGGACCUAACAAUAAGUUAAUAAUGUGAAUUUACUAAUUCAUAGAAAGCACCAUCGUGCAAUAUACGUAUAAUAUACAAAUUAUUUACUGACAAAAUACGGUUCCAACAAAAUUACCAAAUAUUUUACAACUUUUUUACGCUCCCAUUUAAGUUAUUGAUAUAAGUCAUUGAUCAUAUAGAUAUGUUCAAUAUUAUAAUUUUUAAAAAUCAGAAUAAUGUAAUUAAGAUGGUUUUUUUAAAAAUACAAACAUUAUAUAGAUGUGGCCAUUUUAAAUUCCGUAGACUUUUAGUCCCAGUUCGCCACUGUACCCACAUACAUAAAAAAAGACCUAGUUUAGAUAAAACUAAUUAUUAGAUAUUAUGAUUAAUACUUUACUACAGAACACGUAGCAAGAAUAAUAGUAGUAAAUUCAAGGAUGCACAAAUACAAACAAUAAUUCAAUACCACAACAUGAAAACUAUAGGAUCCAUUAAUUAUGCCCAGGAAAUUAAAAAAUACCCUAACCAACCAGUAAGCAAAAUUAGUAUUUACUUCUCAUUUUAAACUAUUCAACUUUAAUAGAGCAAAAUAUGUUUACGGUGCAUUUUUCCAGAUUAAUAACAUAUCAAAUAAGGCGAUUCAAAGUGUGCAAACUCUAUACGUAGAUAAAUCAGACCAAAAGCAAAUGACGACUGUCGACGUUGGGUGUAAUACUAUGAGGGACAAAGCCACCAAUACAAAUUAAUCAAUUAAUCAUAAUAUAUCCUUAUAUUCAACUGGAUAUUACUCAACUACAGAAUUUCAUUGAAAUAAAACCCCACACAAAAUGUUCAACUUCCGAAAAAACUUUCGGAGAUUGUUGGAGAUCCGAUAAUACUAAUAUACUCGUAGAACUUUAAAACUUAUUAUUUUUCAUACAAAUACGUACAUUUACUCAUUACUUAUAAUUUUAAUUUAUUAACUUUUUGUUGAAAAACGAUUAAUGUAAAGUAUCUAGGUACACAUUUUUAUAAUAAAAAAAGUAAGUAUAUUAUGUACACAAAUAAUAAUACCUAGUAUAUUGAAAUUCAACAUUAAGCUAACUCGAGUUUGCACUGUAGGUACUUAUUUUCUGGAAAUUGUAAUAAUUUUUAACUACAAUAAGACAAUAUUUAUAAGAAAAUUAAAUUUCGGACAUAAUAGGCAAAGUUCGAAAAAGAAGAUAAAGACGUAAAGUUAUAAUUUAUUUAAUUUAUAUCUGUACACAACGAAAAUCAUUGCUGACGAAAUGUAAUUCUGAAUGAAGUUUGGUUAACAUGUUUUUAAACGCCGUUAUUUGUAUGAUUUCUAUUAAAUUUUAAACUUUAAACACAUAUAUAAAACAUAAAUAAGCAAAAUAAGUAAUUACCUUUUAAUUGGAGCAAAAUUUCUGAUAUAAAAGUAUUUAAUUGACACAAAAAACCAACAAAAUAAGCACAUAGCAUAGUAAAACAUUCCACGUUGUGACUAGUAUAUAUAAAAAAAAAGUUGAUAUGAUAUUAUUAUCUCCUCUUAUUUUCGGUAUUAUUAAAUAUGAACCGUAAAGUGCAUUAUAACGGUCUCGUUAAGAGUUUUAUGGUCUGGUAACCCUCAGUCGUUUGGCGAUUUGAGAUUUGGAAUGUAGGAGGAAUGUAAUGGUUUUAAAAUGAUGAUUAUUUUAUCAUAGACAUCACGAUAGAUAAACACUUGAUAAACAAUAUUGUUUUAGAUUUUUUAGAUUUUGAGUGGAGCAAAGAAGCUUAUGGUUUUACAAAGAUGUUUAUUUUUUUUUUUCUGUGGACUACUUUUCUACCAAAAAUCUUGCUGGAUUUUGAAGUGUAGCAUUUGUUCCAAAAUGAAAUUUCACUAGGGAGAUACCUUAAAGAAGUUGUUUUUCGAUUUUCUCAUGAGUUUUCCCAGCAAAUGUGAAAAACUGGAAAAAACGUAAGAUAACUAGGAAAAUCAGUACAACAUUAAAUAAAUAUUAUUAAAGAAAAUAUAUAAAGCAUGUUUAAUUAUUUGUCUAUAAUUUGGCAUAUUAUAUAUAUAUAUAUAUUUUUUUUUGACAAAGCAUCAACUGAACGAUUGCCACUAAAAGUCGUCUUUUCGUUUGCAAUGAUUUAGCAUUGCUUACAGGUAUACAUUAAAUUACCUAUAACAGUGGCUGCACCCGUUCCCAUAAUCCCAGGAUAGCUUUAUUUAACUCAUAACUAAUGCAUAAGCGUGUAUUUAAAGGUUUUUUUUAUUUACAACAUAUGAAUUCAAUUCAAUUUAAAAUCAACAGGAAUUAGGGGUAGUAUAUUGUUAUAGUUGAUAAUGCGAGAAUAUUUAUGUCCCACUACCAAUGAACCCCACGGGCCAUCACUGUACAAAUUAUUUUAAGUUUUGUACAUUUUAUUAGUUUAUUUCUUUAAUACAUUAC